AGGGAACAGAGAAGAACAUUCUGGCCAGUGAACAACUAGGACAACGUCAAAUUGACGUUUUGCAAUGUAUGUUCGACAUUAUGCCCAACUUCAACCUGAUGUUAAACAGAUAUCUGGUGUCAGCUGGAACCUGCCUGACUUGUUCAAUCUGUGCCUGCUGGCAUUUGUAUGCUGGGUGUGACAGUAUAUAUCAGUGUGACAUACUGUUAAGAGGCAUCCAAAAGCACAAACAUUAUCGAGGACGAAUUAUUACAACUUUUUAUUAUUAUCUUGCUCUUUUCAUUAUCCAGAAAAUGUCUUUUUUAGGCAAAUUUGGUGAAAUGUCCAGUUCAGGUUUUUUCUCGUCUCCGGAUCAAAGAAGUGAUGAAGAUAGUGAUAGUUCUCAAAAUGAAAGUCAGAAAACAACGGGAGAGGUUCACAGUCAUUUAGAAGAGAGCAUCCGUCCAUACAUUGAUCUGAUUGACACUCUGCGGUCAGUUGGCAUCGAGAAGGACUUGUCAUUACCGGCUAUUGUAGUGAUUGGAGACCAGAGUUCUGGAAAAAGCUCUGUGCUGGAAGCUCUGUCUGGAGUUGCAUUACCAAGAGGGAGCGGAAUUGUGACCAGAUGUCCAUUAGAGUUGAGGCUGAAGAAGGUACCAGGAGUAGACUGGAAGGCUGUUAUAACUUACAAUAAGAAAACAACUGUAAAUUCGCCACGUCUUGCAGGUCCUAUCAGAGCCAGCCAACUGGUGGUAGGACGUGGACCACAGUCAACUCAAAAAAUUGAAUUUUCAGAUCCUUCAUUAGUUGAAGAACAUGUUGCAGCAGCCCAGAAUGAUCUGGCAGGAAGUGGGGUAGGAAUAUGUGAUGAGCUCAUCACUUUAGAGGUCAUGUCACCAGAUAUGUGUGACCUCACACUGAUCGACCUGCCUGGAAUUGCCCGUGUCCCAGUAGAAGGACAACCAGAGGAUAUUGGAAAACAGAUCAAACGUCUGAUCAUGAAAUAUAUUAAGAAACAUGAGACUAUAAACCUGGUUGUAGUCCCUUGUAACACUGACAUUGCAACCACAGAGGCCUUAAGAAUGGCAAAAGAAGUAGAUGAUGAGGGCAUAAGAACUGUCGCCAUUUUGACCAAGCCAGACCUCAUAGACAGGGGAACAGAGAAGGAGAUCCUGAAAAUUGUUGACAACAAUGUGAUUCCUCUCCGCAAAGGUUACAUUGUGGUGAAGUGUAGAGGACAACAGCAGAUUGAUGCUAAAGUUCCUCUGAAGGAGGCAGCAGAAAUAGAGCAAGAGUUCUUCCUAAACCAUGACUAUUUCAGGUUAAAAUCUAAGAAAUAUAAUUAAUGUAUUUGUUUCCAAAAAUGUAUGCAUUCAAAUGACCUGUUUUGCACUGUUUAGAUCAAGAGAUUCAUUCUUUAUUACUU